AUGGCCGACAAAGAAAAUGCGCAGGCCACAUCGCGGGACUUGGGAAGAGCAACAGCCACUGAUAUUGCGUCGACCACCGAGAGCGAUCCGAACAAUGACCUUCAUUUUGUUAGACGUGGCGAAGCCCUGGCAGAAGCCUCAUCGAGCCAGGAAAGCAUCGACGGCUACGAUCCAGAUCUUAUGAGCGGCAGGACUCUUCUCACGGCAGAGGAAGAGAAACAGUUGCUACGCAAGAUUGACUGGAGACUUAUGACUCUUUGCUCCCUUAUCUUCAUGUUCAAAAACUUGGACAGUAACAAUGCAUCAAAUGCUAGAAUCAUGAAUAAGGGGACAGACCAAAAUAUUAUGACACAACUCGGAAUUACAUCCAACGAGUACAAUCUUGUUACGGUUCUUUACUAUGUCCCAUACAUUGUACUCGAGGCGCCCUCAAAUCUUUUACUGAAAAGAUUUUCGCCUUCAAAAUGGCAGUCAAGAAUCAUGAUCACCUGGGGAAUUGUUCUGAUGUGCAAUGCGGCUGUCAAGAACAAAGGUGGCUUGUUUACCACACGUUUCUUGCUGGGCGUGGCAGAGGCUGGGCAAUUCCCCGGCGUCAUCCUCCAGAUGACCUACUGGUACCGCCCGGACGAGAUGUCUUUGCGACUGCUCUAUUUUUAUAUUUGUGGAAAUGUCUCUGGAAUUUUUGGUGGCCUUCUUGCGUUUGCAUUCGACACUGUAUCUGGAGCCGGGGGCCUUUCUGGAUGGCAAUGGUUGUUCCUUACUGAGGGCAUUGCGACCGUCAUUUUCGGGGUUGCUAUCUGGUUCCUGCUCCCUGACUUCCCCGAGACAGCAAAAUGGUUGACCGAGAGGGAGAAGAAGUUUAUUCAGGCUCGAUUGCCUUCUAAUGCUCCUCGAGCGAAUGAAAAAGACUUCCAAAUGCGGGAAGUCAUUGCAUCUCUGAAAGAUGUUCGGCUGUGGCUGUUCACGUUGAUCUGGGCGACCUUUACUGUGGGGACCAACGGCGUAACUUUCUACCAAUCCACCGUCAUUGCCAAUCUCGGCUUUACGAGCAUCGCUGCAGCACAGCUUCUCAAUAUUCCCAUCACGGUCUGCGGUCUCUUGUUCAUUGCUGCUACCGGUAUCACAGCAGAUCGUAGCCGGAUACCACGACCGCUCUACCCACUCUCCUUCCUCAUUAUUAUCAUCUCCUGUUAUGGCGUAUUCGUUGCCUACCCAAGCAAUGGGGCAGUAUAUGCCGUGACUCUGAUCGGCAAUGCCCUGACUGCAGGAUGGUACCCUGUCAUGUGGCCAUGGCGAGUGCAGACCACGUCUAGGGCCACAGGAUCUGCUUUUUCUAUUGGCUUUGUUAACAGCUAUGGUCAAAUUGGGGGUGCUAUUGGUCCACAGUUGUUCAGGAGCCAGUAUGCACCGCACUAUACUGUGCCUUUCUCCGUGGCCAUGGGCCUCGUAGGUCUUUGCGCGGUCUUGACUCUAGUGACUUGGUGGGUGACGUGGGAUACGGAACGUGACACCAGGCGGUUGAAGCUGGCCAAGAUUGCAGCAGAGAAGAGAGGCGAGACAAUUUUGGAGGAUGUCGUGGACAAUGACCUGAAAGGCCGCUAG